CCCUCCUCUUCCUCGCACUGCACACGCAAGGGCUGGAAGUCACCGGCACCGUCGCCGUCGUCGUCCUUUGAUCGGUUGUUCCCUCAGGCCUCGAGCCGACGUAACACCACGGCAGAAAUGUCAGAAUAUAUUCGGGUUACUGAAGAUGAAAAUGAGGAGCCCAUUGAGAUUCCUUCAGAGGAUGAUGGGACUGUCUUGCUCUCCACAGUUACUGCUCAGUUUCCAGGAGCAUGUGGUCUGCGUUACAGGAACCCCGUGUCUCAGUGUAUGAGAGGGGUCCGAUUAGUGGAAGGAAUUCUGCAUGCACCAGAUAAUGGCUGGGGAAAUCUGGUGUAUGUUGUUAACUAUCCCAAAGACAACAAGAGGAAAAUGGAUGAGGCAGAUGCCUCAUCAGCUGUUAAGGUGAAAAGAGCAGUACAGAAAACAUCAGAUUUGAUAGUUCUGGGUCUUCCGUGGAAAACAACUGAACAAGACCUGAAGGAAUACUUCAGCACAUUUGGAGAAGUUCUUAUGGUGCAGGUUAAGAAGGACAUCAAAACUGGCCACUCAAAAGGGUUUGGUUUUGUAAGAUUCACUGACUAUGAAACCCAGGUAAAAGUCAUGUCUCAGCGCCACAUGAUAGAUGGAAGAUGGUGCGACUGCAAACUUCCAAAUUCUAAGCAAAGUCCAGAUGAACCUUUGCGUAGCAGGAAGGUGUUUGUUGGGCGUUGCACCGACGACAUGACUGCAGAUGAGCUCCGUCAGUUUUUUUCCCAGUAUGGAGAAGUGGUUGAUGUCUUCAUCCCCAAACCCUUCAGAGCUUUUGCCUUUGUUACGUUUGCUGAUGAUCAGGUUGCCCAGUCCCUUUGUGGCGAGGACUUGAUCAUAAAAGGAAUCAGCGUCCAUAUAUCCAAUGCUGAACCUAAGCAUAAUAGCAGUAGACAACUAGAAAGAGGUGGAAGAUUUGGUGGUAAUCCAGGAGGCUUUGGGAAUCAGGGUGGAUUUCCUAACCGGGGGGGAGGUGGUGGAGGUGGAGGGUUGGGAAACAACCAGGGCAGUAACAUGGGUGGUGGGAUGAACUUUGGAGCCUUUAGUAUCAACCCAGCCAUGAUGGCAGCAGCUCAGGCUGCGCUCCAAAGCAGUUGGGGGAUGAUGGGCAUGCUAGCUAGCCAGCAAAACCAGUCUGGGCCAUCGGGGAACAACCAGCCACAAGGCAACAUGCAGAGGGAGCAGAGCCAGGGCUUCAGUUCAGGGAGUAAUUCUUACGGAGGCUCUAACUCGGGUGCAGCAAUAGGGUGGGGCUCAUCAAAUACAGGCUCUAGCAGUGGUUUUAAUGGAGGUUUUGGCUCAAGCAUGGAAUCCAAAUCAUCUGGCUGGGGAAUGUAGGCAACCUAAUAACUGACUCUGUGGUGGGAAAUCAGAUUUUUUUUUCUAGAGCUCCUGGUAAGUAUAUUAUAAGAUGCAUAUACUGAAACAAAACUAAACAAAAAAAAAUUCCAAAUUUGUUCAGCGUGUAGUAUAUUUCAACAAUAUUUUUGACAAUUUUUUCUUUUCUAAUGGGGAAUAAAAGGAAGAUUAAAUGGAGUUUUAUAGGUUUUGUUACAAUGAGUUGGAAUACAUGAGUUGGGAUAUUGAGUGGUUUGAAAGUGAACUGCUGUUCGCCUGACUGGUAAACGGACGCUCUGCAAUUUGAUAGGAAUUCGUAAAAAUUUGAUUCCUCAUUUCCUAGUCAGCUGAGAUCUUUGCAUGUUUCAAAAAUGGAAGCCAUUUUUCAGAAACAGCAUCCUUUCCUUGUUAGUUUUUUUUUCUUUAAAAAUUUAAUUUGAUCCCCCGCCAUAAGAAUUUUUCUCUCUCUUUCUCUCCCUCCCCCUCCCCCAAAUGUCCUGUGUGGAGAAUGCAAUGUUGGUGUCGGCUUUUUUUCCUUUUAACACUGUCUCCCCUCCUCAUACUAAAGUACGGUAUGAAGACCUCAUUUAAUCCUUGCAGUUCAUCUCAUUUCAAAUGUGUAUGGAAGAAGCACUUCAUUGAAAGCAGUGCAGUUAAAAAAA